AUGACGGAUCAAUUAUUAACUCUAAUUUUAGAAUAUUUGAACCGUUUUUCUUUUCUUAUUGUUUUAUUUGUCUCAAAGGGAUUGAGUUAUCCAUGGAUGGAGUGUCGCUUUUGUUGUUCAGAAACUAAGCUUGAGGAAGUGGACGGUUUCAAAGCCUGCUGCCGCUGUGUCGGAAAAAUUGUUCCUUUCUGUAGAGCGGUAGUGCGUCAAGUGGUGAACGAGCUGCCCGGAAAGGGUUGGGAUGUGAAGGUUAUUGCAGACGAAGAGGAAUGGCUAGAAGCUUUGUCCUUAGUGGUAAAGAAUGAAUGUGGACUUUGGGGUGAGGGAAGAAAAGCUAUUGUAUUUGCAAUUCGUUGUAAAAAAGAUGACAUUACCACCUUCACUUUAGUGGAUAGAUUGUCAGUUCUUGCAGCGACCAGUGCAGCAAUCUCACGCGUUCUGACUUCACCGAAGCAGCCUACUCGACGGAAGGGUCCUUAG